UGCUGGUCUAAGUCAAAUGAAGACAGCAUCCUACUUAGCCAAAAACAAUAAAUGUGUCAAGUGGAUAUGUGCUUUCUGGUUUUGUUUGGUUGGUUGGUUGAUUCUGAUUUUUGGGGUUUUUUUUCAUUUUUGGUGGAUUUUCUUUACCUAAAGGAAGUGAAAUUGACUGAUGAGGAAGAGGCAAUCAAAGCAAAUCUAGUGGAUAAUACGGAACUGCCUCCAGGAGUCCUCGAUAAGAUUGUUCCUGGCUGGUGGAAGGAAGAGCCAUUCCGGUCCACAGGCUUUAUACUGGAUGGCUUCCCUCGUACUGUAGAUGAAGCCAGAUAUUUGUCAGACCGAGGACUCUGUCCUGAUGUUGCAGUUUAUAUUGAAGUAGAGGAAGAUGACAUUCUUGUCCGUCUUCUUCCUCCACGUCUGAAAAAAUGGAAAGACAGACGGCGUAGAAAAAAGGAAUAUAAAAAGAAAUUGAAGGAACUAAAAGCAAAAUCAAGGAAUGAGAAGAUUGCCAGAAGAAGGGAAGAACUUUUAGCAGAGCAACAAAAAAAGAAGCAGGAGGCUUUAGCAAAUAAGGAUAAUGAUGAAGCUACUGAGGAGGACGAGGAAGAUGAAGAUAUUGAAGCUAUACUUGCAGAAGAGUUUUUAGAAGAAGAAGAAGAAGAACCAGAAGAGGAAGAAAAUGAAGAAGAUGCUGUUGAGCGCAUGGAAAAUGAAAUUUCAGGGAAGUUUGAAUCAGAAGUAGAAAGGUUACAAGUUGUUCAGGAAGAACUUGAAAGGUUUUUAAUACCACUAGUUGAGAUCAAUGGAGGUCGGAAGCCUCGCGUUGUGUGCUACCAAAUAUACAGCAAGCUGAAAUCUCUAGUGGAGAACCGGAGGAGCAUUUUUGAGAAAUGUUACCCAAUAAGUUUGCCACUUGCACAGAAGAUGCUAGUUUUCUCAUAUAAAUUACUAAGUUCUUUUGGUCAGUGGGAUCCAGUCAAGUUAAGCCAAGGAGAUGUGAUCAAGCCACAGCAAAGACAGGGAAGUGCAGUCUUUCCAGUAAUCCAUCGACAAUAUGUUUAUUUCUUUUCAAGUAAAGAAAAUAAAGAAACGUUUAUGACAAAUCCCAUCAAAUAUAUUUGUCAGCCAAAACCUAAGUUAUCUGUGCCAGUAAAGAUUGCAAUUGUGGGACUUCCAAAAUCUGGAAAGACUACAGUUGCCCAGAGACUUGCGAGUGUUUAUGGAUUCCUGCACCUGUCCUUAGGAGAUGCCAUCCAGUUUGUGAUAAACAACCGGCCAGAGAGCCAGCUGGCACUUAAGGUACAGUCACACCUUCUCCAAGGACUCACCGUACCUGAUGAAUUGGCCAUCCAGGCUCUAGAUGUGGCUCUGCUGAAUCACGUGGAUAAUGCCACUGGAGUUGUAAUUGAUGGAUAUCCUCUAACAAGAAACCACGUAAACCUCUUGAAAUCAACUAGGAUAAUUCCAGUGAAAAUCUUUGAAUUAGAUAUGGAUACAAAGGAAGUGUUCAGAAGAGCACUGUUGGAUAAGGAAAGCACAAACCGGCCUUCCUAUCCUGAACAUGACAGCCCACAGAUUCUAGCUAUUAAAAAUUCUUGUUAUAAACAGCACAUUGAUGAUAUUAGAACUUACUAUAUGAAGGAACAUCAGAACUGGUGUGUGAUUGAUGCCAAUCAUAGCAAAUGGAAAGUCUGGAACACCAUUCUGCAGGAAGUUCAGGCGGUUGUUAAAAAAAUCCAGAUAUACCUGGAAAGAAGAAAAGAAGGAAAAGCAGCCAGCAUUGCUGGUUUAUGUAUCACUCCCAAGGAACUGCAGAAUCAGCUGGGGGAGUGUGGACAGUACUGUCCUGUCAGUCUUGCAGAGAAAGGGGAACUGAUUGACUGCUCUGUAAAUCCCUCACUGGAGUUCGCUGCAGAAUUUCAAGGGCGCUAUUACAGAAUGGCUUCACAGGAAGAACUGGAAAAAUUCUUGAGCAGACCAGAGGUUUAUGUAUCAUCACUGGCAUCUCACCCUCUCCCACCCCCACACAUGCUUCCAAAGAAACUGACUGCAACAGCAGUGAAUGCCUUAUUCCCUGUAAAGGCUGAAAUGCAGGGAUACUGUCCAGUCACUUACCUAGAUGGAAAACAGAGAUAUGAAGCUUUGGUGCCUGGCAACAUCGAGUAUGCAGCAAAAUACCAAGAAAAAGUAUAUAUUUUUGAAAGUGAAGAAAAACUUCAGAAGUUUAUGAGGUUACCAGAGAAGUACUGGAAUCUGAAGCUUCCCCAUAAACUCCCUCCAAAAAAAGAGCCAAUGCUACUAACAACACUUCCUUUGCCUGGAUACCUUGAACAGGGAGUAGCAACUUCUCUAAUAAAAGCUCUGCAUGAAGUCGGCAGUCUUAAGCCAAAGUUUCCAUUCCUAAGUGUGAAAGAAACUGCUCUGCUUUUUGUCUCCUUCCAUCUAAAAGCACACAACCCCCGGAGCUCGGAGCCAGUGCGGCAGAUGUACAGGAAGAAGCUGCUGCAGUUCGUGGAGCACUGCCAACUCAUCCCCUACCUGGGGACUGUCAUGAAGGGCCCAUAUAAGGAGCCAAGAGAUCGGCCCCUUGGCUUUGAUGACAGGCUGCAGACUUUUCUUUCCCUGAAAGGCACCCGCCCCACUUUUGUGUGA